AUGGUGGAUGGCCAAGAGGCUCUCCCAGAUCUCCUGCUGGCCAGAACCCACACAGCAGCAGCCAUCGGCCAUCCUGAGGCUUCCCCAUGCCCCAUCUUGUCUCGGAUAGGCCCAUUCCCAAUCUGGAUAGAGUCAGCCGACCCUCCAGCCCAGCCAAAUCCUCGCAUCGAUCAUCGUCAGAGCGAUUUCAAAGGAACGGCCACCGCCCACACCCAUCUGGAAAAAGGGGCCAGCCAAGGAAGCUGGGUAGAGCUUUGGUCCGACUGCGCCGGCUCUCUGCUGCGGGAUCUGACCCCUUCCGACUCUCGGACGAGUCACGAGGCGGUGCGUUGA